CGAAGGCACGAGUUUCCGGAGGGAGGUCGAAUCCGACGCUAAAGUCGGCCACGCUGGGAAGCCGGCUUCCGGAAUGUCAUUUUCUUUCUCGGGCCAAGCGGCUCCCAGGUGCUGUCGGCGGCGGCGGCGGCAAUGAGGCAGAAGCACUACCUUGAGGCUGCAGCGCGGAAACUACAAGACAGAUGCCCGGGCCAGGCCCGCUAUCUCCUGUGGGCCUACAGUUCGUCACACGAUGACAAAAGCACUUUUGAAGAGACAUGUCCAUACUGUUUCCAGUUGCUGGUUCUGGAUAACUCUAGAGUGCGCCUCAAACCCAAGUCCAAAUUGACACCCAAAAUACAGAAACUUCUUAACCGAGAAGCAAGUAAUUAUACACUCAGUUUUAAAGAAGCAAAAAUUGUGAAAAAAUACCAAGAUUCCAAAAGUGUGCUGAUGAUUACUUGUAAAACAUGCAACAGAACAGUUAAACAUCAUGGUAAAAGUAGAAGCUUUCUAUCAGCAUUACGGAACAAUUCUACUACUCCAAGUAAACUCAGCCUAAAGACACCGGAGAGGAAGACUCGAAGUUCUGCAAACCUAAAUCCUGAUGUGUCUGGUUCCAAAGGCAAGAGCCCAGCGAUUUUCAGAACACUGACAUCUGGACAGUCAACACCCAUUUGCUCCUCAAAGAGUGCCAGCAAAACAAAGAAACACUUCUCUCAACUAAAAAUGUUGCUCAGUCAGAGUGAAUCCCAAAAGAAUCCAAAGAUGGACUUUAGAAACUUCUUAUCAUCUCUGUAAAGGAUGGACAAUGAAAAUAAGAAGUGCUUUAUACAAUUUCUGAAAAUAAAGUUAAAAAAACAGCUUUUUAUUUAUUCUUUAAA